GGCUCUCAGUCGCUAUGUGUGAACUACUCAACAACUCGAUCGAGCGGCUCGCCAAGUGCUCACCAAGCACUUGCCGACCGAGGAGAGAUAUCUAGCAUGUUGAAUAUCUGGAUCAGUCAGUUGCGACUGGCAAUGAGUGUGAACCCAGUUCCAGCAUGUCAGAAACUUUGAAAUAUGUGGACGAUGAACACAAAACAAUUUUUCUGAAGAUUCUAAAUGAGCAAAGACUAGAGGGCGAACACUGUGAUAUUGCUGUCGUUGUUGAAGAUGUUAAAUUCAGAGCGCAUAGGUGUGUGUUAGCAGCUUGCAGCAAUUACUUCAAAAAGCUUUUUAAGAAGCAUGAAGUAGACAGCUCCUCUGUUAUAGAAAUCGACUUCAUCCGCUCGGACAUCUUUGAAGAGGUGCUAAACUACAUGUACACGGCCAAAAUUUCUGUUAAAAAGAAAGAUGUCAAUUUAAUGAUGUCAUCUGGACAGAUCCUUGGAAUACGGUUUUUGGACAAGCUCUGCUCACAAAAACGGGAUAUGUCCACUGAGGAGAAAAAUGACAAUAAAAAAUUUCCCUGCGAUAUUGUGAAAAUCGGGUUUCAAACUGAGGAACCUCACUUAAAUCAAGACAAUGAUGUUCAGGUAAUUGGGGACCACGAUGACCCACCGUCUGAUGACAUUGUGGAGGAACCCCAAGGCAAUCAUGACUUAGACAAAUUACCGAACAGUGCCCUGCGAGUAGAGGAAGCCAUUCUUAAAGAGCUAACCCAGGAAGAAGUACAUAAGGUUGGCUGUUAUGAUCAAGAUGUGGAGGCGAUGGAUGCUGAGCCAACACCUACUGCUCACACUCAAACACUUGCAUUUGCUGAUAGUAUGGGAGAUGUUAAGGACGAACAUGCACCUGGAUGGACCACAGCUACUGCAGACAUGAAGCUUGAAUAUCUGUUGUAUGGCCAUCGGGAUCAGUUUGCCUGUCAGGUUUGCGGCAAGACUUUCAUGGAUGAGAAUCGUCUAAGGAAACAUGAAAAGCUACAUUCAGCCGAAAGACCAUUUAUAUGUGACAUAUGCACCAAAGCAUUCACAACACAGGCACAUUUGAAGGAGCAUCUAAAAAUCCACACUGGCUUCAAGCCCUACAGGUGCGAAGACUGCGGCAAGUCCUUUAUUCGCGCCCCUGAUUUGAAGAAACAUGAAAGAGUGCACAGCAAUGAGCGGCCAUUCAACUGCCACAUGUGUGAGAAAGCAUUUAAACACAAAUCCCACCUGAAGGACCAUGAACGGCGACACAGAGGCGAAAAGCCUUUUAGGUGUGGCGCCUGUACCAAGGCCUUUGCCAAAGCAUCAGAUUUGAAAAGACAUGAGAACAACAUGCAUAGUGAGCGGAAGCAGCUAUCUACCGGCAGCUUAAGUGAGACUGAACAGCUGCAAGCUGCUGCCAUGGCAGCGGAGGCUGAUCAACAUCUGGAAUCAAUAGCUUGUUCAUAACAUUGUGUGUGUAAUACACUUUCAUCAGUGCACUGUAGAACAAUUUUUUUCUAUUCCCUUGGUAAUAGUAUUUAGAUGCUGUCUUACUGUUUUUGUUGUCAUUUAGUUCAUUUUUGAACUGUUAGAAUAUCAGAUAUUGUUAGAUAAUUAUUAAUUUUAGACAAUUAACACUGUUAUUUUUUUUUAUUUUAACAUUGAUGUAAAUGGUGCAAGCAUCUUUCUUACUGUAAAGUUUAUUUCAAAUGUACUUGAGUAUUUGUGGCAGUGCGUUGGACAAUGUGUUCUGCCUUAAGCUCCGGUCACACCAGGUUUUUUUUAUGUAAAGCUUGAUUUCAUUACUACAACUACAUUUGCAAGUAAAAUCCUAAUGUAAAGUCAAAGUUCUUAAACUUUGGCCUGCAAAUGAAUACAACUGAGCAACCAUCAACUGAGCUGUCCUUUAUAGAUUUAGGAUGUAGUAAAAUAUAUAUGAAAUUUAUUAAUAUUUUAAACACCAAAACUAACUAUAAAUUAUUUAAUACUUAAAAAAAAGAGUUGUGCUCAUUCUCAGGAGGCUGAAAUUUUUAUGUACUAUUUACGAGGACUUACAACCCAACCAGAGAUGGUCUGAAUAGAGACUGUGUACUUGAAAAAAUGAAUGCAAGAUGGUAAAAAGCUUGUCUGUUCUUACAUUUUUCAUAAACUGUAAUAAACUGCUAAAACCAGAUUUACAAAAUUAAAAAUAUACACAGAAUAACACUCCUUUGAAAGAGCUAAUGUGCUCCUAUAAAAGAACUAAAGGAAUAGAAGCAUGUUUAGGAACAUGCAGAAAUAGAGAAACAAAAUUUAAUUUUAGAUAAAUAAACAUCAUAAAACUGCCUAGAGGUGUAUUUACACUGAAAAAAAUUAUUGUCAUUAAUUUGUGUCUUUUAAACUCAGGCAGUUGAAGUGAAUCUUUCACUGCAUGUGUGUGUCUAUCUAUUUGUGCAUCAGUCACAACCUGAAAACAGUGCUUUAUUUUGAGGAAAGGCCUAUGGUGAUUUUAACAUUAUUUUAGCAUUUUUAAUUGGUAAUUAAACAUUCAGAAAGAUACAUUUAUAAGUACACAUGAGCAAAUUUGCAUUUUUGUUGCAAGGAUAAUUAUUCAGUUCUUUAGGCAUUUAUUUUAGAGUUACUGUUUAAGCUAUGUUAAUGCCCUAUUUUGCCAUAUUAGUAGCUGUGAAUGAAGUAAAGGUGCUUUAUAAACCACAGGCCACUUUAGUGCUGCUGACAAAUAAAAAAAAAAAUGCUUUUGCUUGUAUGAAUUUUGUUUUGUUUUUUCUUAAACAAAGAUCUGUGAUCUGUGGGCAAACAUUCCAGCUGACAUGCCCCUCCGGCACCGAGUGGUGUAUGUAAUGUGCAAAUCAAGCCAAGGCAGUAUUUGUACUGUCUAGUGUGCAUGUAUUAUUAAUAUAUGGUCGCUAUGAAAAUGUUGAUGUUCUCAGUUUUAAAAUAACUGUCUACCUCUUCUGCAUUGGGUUUUGAUCAUAUGGAUCUCGCCGUUAUAUAAAACAGCGUUUUGCACACAUGCACAUUUGUUUUUUUUAUGUGGCUAUAUUUAGGUGCAAUUGCAAGUUUAAAAGCAGUACUGGUGUUUUAUGUUAUAUAUUGGCAUAAACAGGAGGUUGGUUCAUUUUUGUUAUUGGAGCUAAAAAAAAAGAUUUUAACAAGGGUUUAUGUGUUAUUUAAACUUCAGUUUGAUUUUAUGUAAUCUACCCUGUUUUCAAUGAGCAAUUAUUGUGCCACCUUUGCCUUAAGCAAAUAACUCAAACCCUAAUUAGGAUAAGUUGCCUUGUAUGAAUGAAUUAAUGAUAUUUGAAUACCAGAUUAAGUAAACAAAAGGAUUCUAAGAUUUAUUAGGAUGUUCAUUCAUUCAAAUGAUCUUAAACAUCCCUUGAAACAACUGGCUUGCCUGUCCACAGUCAUUUUGCAAGCUGAUGCAAUUGGCAAGUACCUGGUGUGACCGCAGCUUUACACUUGUUGAUACAGUACACACGUUGUUGAAAAGUGCCAGUCUUGCUGAAAAGAAAAGUUUUUUGUUUUUUUUUAAUGAAAACCAGAACAAUUACAUCUUGAUGGUCAAUCAUUACAUCAAGUUUCUUGUAAAAUGAAACAAAAGAUUUAGUCUGAUAUUUUUGCUGUAAUAAAAGCUAUUUCCACUA